AUGGUGCACAUCUCAAAUAACUCGCGCUUUUCUUUAAAAACAAAUCUCGGUAUCUCCCUCUUCCUCGCGUCGCCUGUUUCUCGCUCACGCGCCGGCUUCGGCUCCCGCCGCCUACCGCCACCCCCCUCGCUCGCCCCUGCUGCCACCCCCCUCGCUCGCCUCUUCCUCGCACCGCCUGCUCUCCCUCUCACGCCGCCGCUCACGGUCCCGCCGCCCCCUCGCACCGCCUGCUCUCCCUCUCACGCCGCCGCUCACGGUCCCGCCGCCCCCUCGCACCGCCUGCUCUCCCUCUCACGUCGUCGCUCACGCUCCCGCCGCCCCGCUGCGACUCCCGCCGUCUGCCGCCUGCCGCCUGCCGCCUGCCGCCUGCCGCCUGCCGCCAUCCCCUUCUCCUACCCCCUGCUGCCACCUCCGACUGGCUCGCUGUUGAUACGAGACCGCCCAGAUCGACGACCUCGGCUCGCUCCAAUCAAAGGUUAA